GCUGGCGGAGCCUUUAGCGACACUGGCGGAUUUCUGAGCACAGCAACUGCGUCCACCUGUCGACAGACGAUCCUACCCCUGGCCACCACCACCACCACCACCACUAUCAGGGGACAGGAACUAAGAGGACCCCCACUUACUGCAGAAAACCCCUUCUUCCCACCGGGGCGUCAACCACUGGGCGGAGUGAUUGGAGGAGAAAAACGCAGCACUGAUAGCAAUCGCAUUCUAUCGCCCACGGAAGUCGCUACGAACCACUCCCUCAUAGCUGCCGUCACCGCUACCCCAAACACCUGUGACAACUGCAGGACUGACAUUCCUGGAAGCUACACCGCAGUUAACGGCGAUUGCAGUGCCGGUAGCACUACGGACUGUGUAUUUAACCGGAGGGACCCCUCCUGCAAGGGUUCGUCCAUAUCUUACACGCCCUCUACGACCUCUACAACGGAACCCGUCUCGCCAGAUUCGCAGAAACAUCCCUACCUCGGCGUUGCCGGCCCUCGCUUGUGGUUUCUCAUACUGAGUUUUACGGGCAAUGUUCAGGUGCCAGAGGGCCAAAUCUUGUCCUGA